UUUGGUGUGUUCAAGAUGGGAAGGGAAUUUCAUGAACAGACAGAUGACACUGAAUUCGAGAACUAUCAUCCAGGCUGCAUGGGGGGCUUAUUUAACGUGCUGGACAAUCACCAUUGGUACAAAGUCAAAAAGAUGCUCCCACACAGAAAGUUUAACAGAGGAAGACGUGCCAGAUGCUGUUCAAAUCCACAAACGGUUUCCAUGGAGCGUGAACAUGUUGAAUAUCAAAACUUAUUAGAUGCUGAGGCUGAACAAAUCCAAGUUCAACACCAAACAAGGAAAACUGGAUCAACUAACAAAAGGUCUGGCAAAGCGCCCACACGUAAAGAGAAGGCCAAGGAAGAGAGCGAUAAUAAACAUUGGGUUUUGGGGCAGUCUACAAGAUCAAAGUUGCAGCAAAGUGGUUCAACUCAUCAUCUGGAACCUUCAGGUUUCGGUCUAGGUUGGAUGAAUCCAAUCAUUCUUGUCCGCAAGCGAGGUGACACCUCCGACACGAGCUCGACGAAGAGUAAAAAGCCUGAUAUUAAUGAAGGAAAGAAUGCGGACCAACAAUUUGAACAAGUUGCAUACAAUCAGGUUGAGGCUGUGGAUGUUUUGGAGAUAUUUAAGGUGAACAAAGAUUUAUUCCUGGAUAUUCUUCAGGAUCCUGAGCUUGGUAUUUCACAGCAUUUCCCUGCAAACCGAGCUUCCAAGGCAGUAAAAUUAACAAAAUCAGGCUCAUUUCCGAUGCCUCAUUCGCCUCGCACUGGGUAUCUUAGGUCUACUACACUUGAGCACAAGCAGAAGGAAGUAUGGUCAUUCCGAAGGGAUGAAAAAUCUGUUCUGGAUGCUCGAUUAUCCAAAUCAAAGGAAGAAGCAAGCUCUUCAUCCCCGGGAUCUGAUUCCCAAAGGUGGAACCAUUUAGUUAGGAAUCGUCUAAAGGAUAUUAAGCAGAGAAUAAAGCAGAUCCUCCAGGAAAGGAGAAAGAGUAUUCAACGUACAAGUGCCAAUGAGCUCUCCCUCCAGGUUUCUUCAAGAGAUACAUUGUCCGCAGGUGACAGAGACACGUCGGAAAGCUCGGAAAAGAUUGCCAAAAGUUGUCCGCCAAACAAAGCUUAUGAUAACGACAUCGACAAUGGAAGACUGAAAAGGAUGAUAAGAACAAAGUCUAUAAAUGAGUCCCUAGAUAGAUACACUCAAUUGUUUCACCAUAGUGGAAGCAAAGAAGUCAAUUUGAACCAGUCAAGGAGCUUAAAGUUGAGAAAUGAAGAUAAAGUUGCAUCAAGAGGGAAUAAUGCUCCCAAGUUUUUCAGAAGGAUUUCAUCCCUAUCUGAUCUUGAAUCCUUUUGCUCCCUUCUAUAUGAGGUGUCUUUCAACGCGCUUUCUUCAGAGAUCCCAAACAGGAGCAUCCAAAAUAAUGAUGCAGACAAGGAGACCGAUGCACAUAAUGAGCCAAAACCAACUAGUUUCCCUCAAGAUACUGAUAAAUCUGGAGUAGCAGAAGUUGUUAUAGAUGCUGAAUUGCAGGAAAACACAAGAAAAGGAUCGAAUAACCAUGUUUCAACCGGUUUACCAGUGGAUAAAAGUGGCGAACAAGUUGCUAAACCAUGUGAGUUCAAUGAAGAAGAAGUUGAGCUUAUGCAACGAACUUCAGAUACAAGUGAUAUAACCAGCACAGCGAAGCUUUCAAUGUCAGAAGAGUUUUUUGAGAAAGAAAGGAGCAAAAUAAGCCAGGAAAGUGUCGAUUAUAAGACCAUGGGAAACAACAGUCGGAUCCUGCUCUUUGAACCAGAUGGGGAGGCUGAUCCUUGGUACAAUUACGUCAAAGACAUUCUCGAGCUCUCUGGUUUCACACAAGAUGAGGGGAGCCAAACGUGGUUCUCACCGGCCCAACCAUUGGACCCUUCCAUCUUCAUGGAAUUAGAGAUUCUAUUCCACCCUGAACUGGAAUCCACCAUUGAUGAAGCUGGAAGCAACUGUAAUCACCAACUGGUUUUCCAUCUCGUUGAAGAGGCAUUACUUGAGAUCGGUGAAAAAUCACCUGCAUAUUUCCCCGAGCACUUCUCUUUCGACUAUGGCAUUAGACUGAAGCUCAAGAGAAACAAUGUUGUUGAACAAGUGUGGACCCAAGUUAGCAAAAACCUGGUAUCCCAACCAGAGCAUGACCAGUCAUUGGAUGAUAUUGUAGCCGGAGAUAUGGAGAAAAAUGUAUGGAUGAACCUUCAAGCCGAAUCAGAAGUCGUGGCACUUGACCUAGAAGACUUGGUCUUUUAUGAGCUUUUAGAUGAAGUCAUUUGGUUUUGACACAGGAAAUUUAGGCCUUGGGUUCUUGAUGGAAUC